UUCAAAUUUUAACAAAAUUUAAGUAUUUAAUAAUCAUUGUCAAAAAGGUUUUUCGUGUGCAAUUACACAAUUCAAAACGCCUUAUUAAAAAACUCUAUUAAAAUUAACUAGGCCAAUUCUGUGAAUCCUUCGUCUAUGAAAUCGCAAUAUUAAAUUGUGAGAUGUAUUUUCGAACAUGCUAGAAGUAAGGUCAAAAACACAAAAUCGUUUAUAAAUAAUACACUUGAACUCGUGAGUGGUCUGUGACAUGGUGCGCGAAAAUAAAAUAUAUAAAGAAAAACUCAUUAAAUUAAUUUAUAUUUGAUAUUCAUUUCUGAUUCCAUGAGCAAUUCAAAUCGACACCCUGAAGACUCUGAAAGGUUUAAUGCAUCGCCCUUUGAAAGUGAUGCUCAAUAUACUUUGAUAGGCAUAGUGAUAGGUUUAGCAAUAUAUAACAAUGUGAUAUUGUCAGUUGGAUUUCCUAUGGUAGUAUAUAGGAAACUUAUGGGAAUCAGGGGAUCAUUUCCUGAUCUUGAGGACUGGGAUCCAUCGUUAUAUCAAGGACUGAAAGAAAUGCUUGAUUACACAGAAGAUGAUAUGGAGGAAGUCUUUAUGCAGACUUUUCAGAUAUGUCACAGGGAUGUAUUUGGAAAUGCUUUAUUACAUGACCUUAAAGAAAAUGGAGAUAGAAUUCCAGUUGGUCAGCAUAACAAAAAGGAAUUUGUGGAUCUUUAUGCGGACUUUUUACUAAAUAAAUCUGUUGAAAGACAGUUCAGUGCAUUUAGAAGAGGUUUUCAAACAGUUACAGAUGAAUCACCUUUAAGACUGCUGUUCCGACCGGAGGAAGUAGAGCUACUGGUUUGUGGAAGCAAGGUGCUCAAUUUCAAUGAGCUGGAAGAAGCUACAGAAUAUGAAGGUGGAUAUUCUAGUGAAUCUCAGGUAAUACGCAAUUUUUGGUCCGUAGUGCACUCAUUUGAUAUUGAAAGCAAACGAAAACUUCUUCAAUUCACAACGGGUUCAGAUAGAGUGCCUAUUGGUGGUUUAAGUAAACUGAAAAUGAUAAUAGCCAAAAAUGGUUCUGAUUCUGAUAGACUUCCCACCUCACAUACCUGCUUUAAUGUUCUUUUAUUGCCUGAAUAUGCAACUAAAGAGAAAUUGGCAGACAGACUAGUCAAAGCCAUCAGCUAUUCUAAAGGUUUUGGAAUGCUCUAGGAUAUUAAAUAAAGCUCAAAUUAUAAAAUAUUAUUGAGUUUGGGGGUUUCUAACGCCAGCUUUAUAAUAGAAUAUGAUAGUUUUAUGUAUUAUUUAUUUUUUAUGUAUAUAGUUUUAUAUAUUUUUAUAUAUCAUAUUUUUAUUAUGAAUAUUGUUUAGUAAAAAGCCACGUUGUAAAUAG